AUGGCGGAACUCUUAACUCGGAGUGAAUCGAAUCGUCAUCCAAAGUCCUCCCGCCCGUACCGAUCAAAACGACACCCGCCGUGUGACCAGUGUCGUCGCAAGAAGCUACGAUGCGAGGCCCAAGGAAACAAAUCGUGUCAGAGAUGUGAGGCUGCAUCUUCGGAUUGUAGUUUCAAUCUUGUUCUGCCUCGUCGAUCUGCAUUGCCAGACCUGAGACCAUCGUCGGUUGCCCAUGAAGCCGUACCCAUCUUGCCCGAGACAAACAACGUACCUACCGAGGACCAAAAUGAUCCUACGACUUCCACCGAAGCCUCAGGCUUCUCGAUUACAGAGCCAGAUAUUCAGCCGGAGUUGAAUUCAACAUCCGUUGAUGAGUUCUUCCUCCCUUCUCAGCCUGAAUAUCAUCUCCCGGAAAGGCCAACGCCGCAAGCCAUUCAAACCCUAGAUCAGCUGAAGGGAUUCUCAUCACAGGUCAUCGGGGCAUCGGGAGAAUCAGAUCCUUGGCUACUACGGCACUGCAAGUUUGAUGAUCACGGAUUUCUUCUCUUCCAUCAAGUUCACUUUCGUAAUGCUGGUGGAGUACCGCUCGAGGAAAAGAUUCCGGUCCAUUUCCUGGUCACAGCAGACCAAUUAUACGAACAAACAAAAGAUGAAACCAAAUUUGCACCAAGGAAUCAGGCUCGUGAGGAGCUGAAUUCUCUCGUUCCUUUGGAUUGCGGCCAGAGGCUGGUAUCGCUGUUCAUGAAAUUUAUCUUUCCAGAUUUGCCCAUUAUAUCGCGCUCUCAAUACGGACUGUCAUCAUCCCAAUCCGCCCCAGAGCAAAAAGUCCUACAGACAAUACCAGUGCACCUCCUCGCAGCAAUCUACGCCUCUGCCCAACCAUUCGCCAAAUUCGACGAGUACCUCUGCAUCGUAUAUGCCUACUCCGCCCCAUCCACAGACAGACUUUGGCGUCUUGUAUUCGAACUAUUAUUUGAGGAGUUACAUACACCCCAUCUAGCCACUUUACAAGCAGGACUCCUUUACCUCCACAAACCAAGCGAAGGUAAGAAAAGUGCCGUGGCAGACAGUUCCUUCGUCUGGUCCUUCGUCGGUCUAUUAGUCGGCCUCGCCACAUCCCUAGGCCUCACGCUAGAAUGUCGACCUAUGGGUCUCCCAGCCUGGGAGCGACGUCUACGCCGGCGAUUAUGGUGGGCCGUCUAUGCGGAGGAUAAAUGGCGCAGUCUGAUGAUGGGCCGACCGCCCUAUAUUCGAGAAGAUGAGUGGGACGUGACAGAUCUCGACGAUGAUGAUUUUCGAAUCGACCAGAUGCAAAUUGACUUUUUGUUGUCGCCGAGUGACGAGUCGUUGCGUGAUGUAGUGCAUGUCAGGCAGUUUCAGCAUUUCGCGCGGUUAUCGAGGAUAGCAGACGAAGUGCAGGUUCGCUUGUUCUCUCUUCGUGCAUCGCAGCGACUCUCGUCGAAUUUCGACGCAUCUCUCGACACGGCUCGGGGUCUACUCCAGAAGCUGAAAGAGUGGUAUUCACUUCUGCCGCCACAGCUCAGACUGCAGAAUCGAUUGUUUGCGACGAUUGAUCGGAGUGGACCGCGAUCUCAUUGCCUCCAUUUUUCAUAUCUUUUACUGGAAAUCUUCAUCUUUCGCUCGUUGCUUCGACCAAUGGUCCGGUCUGCUGCGCCGCCGCGGUUAGUCGAGGAAGACGAGGAUCCGAUCACCUUUACGAAUAUGGUUGAUGAUUACAUCACUCAGAUAAUUGAGGCAAGUGAAGUUGAGCCUGUGCCUGCGAUUGAUAUGUCCGAUGAGCAUGGUGCCGGGAAUGCGGUGCUCAAGGCGGCCGAGAAUUGCGCAGCGACGAUGCUGCGGUCAGUGAUGAGAAUGGCGUGUAGUGAUUUAGCGGGGUUUUGGUACUCAUGGUCGCGGGUAGGCUUUGCUACCGUCUCUAGCUUCAUGAUGCUAUUGAUAGUACAGGCACCGUCCAAGGAACACGCGCUACGAGCUCGGAGAUUGGUGUAUAUGUGGCGACAAGCAUUGCGAGGGCAGAGCCAAGGCUGCGAAUUGUUGAAUCUCGCGCUUGUUCGGCUCGAUGGUCCACAUUGGACCGGGCUGGCGCGGAACUUUUUCCUUCCUCAACAUGUCAAGGAGGCUCUUGAGUGUACAAUUGACCAAUCAUAA